AUGAAGCCCACUCUCGUUACGCUGGCACUUUCCUGCCUGGCCGGCAGCGUGCUCGCCGCGCCAGCCCAGGAGAUGGCGUCGCAGGCCGGCGUCGACUCGGCCAAGUUCGCCGGGUCCGAGGGAAUGGGGACACCCCGUCAGGGCGACUUUAUCGACUGCGCCGCCUACGUCUUCGACAACGUCGUCGACGGGACCCUACGCAAGAUUCCCGGCAUGGACAAGAUCCUCCCCGACCCUGGAGAGGAGAGGCUAUGCCUGCGGUUCCAACACAUGUUCAAGAAGAAGAAGGAGGAAAGGGGCGAUGAUUCUGACAUUGUCGCGCGCGGUUUCUGGCCCUUCAGCGGUAAGGGAUCCUGGAAGAGCGGCGCGAGGAAGAACCCCUUUGGGCUGGGCAAGGACGGCAAGGACCUUGACUUACUCAAGGCCAUUAGUUACGGAAUGAAACUAGAGAAGAAGCUCAAGUCGGGCCAGAAAGUCGACUUGGAAAAGGAGCUGGAGCGCGAGUUCGGCAAUGGGUCGGAUGUGGAGAAGGCCGCCAACCGCGGCUAG